UUUAUGGCCGCUCCAUACCUGACGGUAGCUCACAAAAGUGUUCAGAAGUUACUGUACUGGUGCCGGUGUCACGUCAGGUUCUGGGGAUGAAUAUUGACUCUAGCUCCCCUGAUGAAGCUGUUCCUAGUGACACUUUCCACAUAUAUGUACUGUCGUUUGCUUACGGAGCUUUAAUGGUGAUGAUAAUGGUCCACAUUGUAUGGAGGUGGCAAUGGAGAAGAAGUGAGCUCUCAACUCUCAAAACUCACCACCCAGGAGACAACUCCUUCCAUUGCAAGGCUAUGAGAAACUGUCUCAACAGGGAUUUCAGCAGGAUUCUAGAGCUACAAGUUUCUCCAAAAGCACGGCUGAUGAAUACAUUCGAACGAAGCCAGUUUGGACUCUUCGUUGGUGAUACCACAGUUCCUUCUGACUGGUACAGAAUGAAGGCGUUUGAUGCUGCAGCUGAUUUUGUUUCUGAGUGUUCUGACUGUGUUCACAAACCAGUUGAUAUGCCGUAUCAGGAUGUUGGCACAGUGUCCCUGCCUACCUUCCUUUCCCUGUUGAAACAGGAUGGACUUUUGAUCUUUGAGCCAAGGGUCGUUGAUCGGUGCUGCGAGCUCUAUGAGUUUGCUAGAUAUAGAGAUGGGAAUUUCACUGAGAGUCACGUGACUGAGUUCAUAUCUUUGUUGACGCAGCUGAAAGCACUCUUUCCUGAAGAAGGUGGGAGAGGCACUCUAAGCCCCGGUCCACCAUUCUCUCAGGAUCCACUUUCAAUGAGUUCACUUAGUUCUGAUAUGCUGAUUGCCUGUGGGAAGCACAAUCCCCUAAAUCAGACUACCUCCAAUGAUCCCCUUAUUGGUGGUUAUGGAACAGCUAGCGAAUCACAGUCUGAGUUAGCUUCCUCGACAAAGAUUCAAUCUAUGGCGGCAAAGUCAAGUGGAUUAAGAAUAGGCUCUGACUCAACUGGUACUUGUGCCUUCCCACCUACCUGUCAAGAAACAUACGUUUAAAAGCGAAUUGUAUAAAUGUUUCAUAGACAAUCAUAGAUUGUAUAAAAUAUUAAUCCUUUAUUACUUUCAUGUGCUGACAUAAUUAUUGCAGUCUUGACAAUUUUUUGUCACUAGUAAUGUUAUUAUUAUUGUAUUCCCCAUGCAGCAACUGCUGUGGGAAUAGUAAUUAAA